UGCGCCGGGGCCGCCCCUGCGCUGCGAGCGGCCGCGUAAACAUGGAGCUCUCGGCCGUCGGGGAGCGCGUCUUCGCGGCCGAGGCCCUGCUCAAGCGCCGCAUCCGCAAAGGCCGCAUGGAAUAUCUGGUCAAAUGGAAGGGCUGGUCGCAGAAGUACAGCACUUGGGAACCCGAGGAGAACAUCCUGGAUGCCCGGCUGCUCGCAGCCUUCGAGGAGAGCUUUGGUUCUUUUAACACCUCUAGGGAGCGAGAAAUGGAGCUUUAUGGGCCCAAAAAGCGAGGCCCCAAGCCCAAAACCUUCCUGCUAAAGGCCCAGGCAAAAGCCAAAGCCAAAACCUAUGAGUUCCGCAGCGACUCUUCCAGGGGCAUCCGGGUGCCGUAUCCCGGCAGGUCCCCCCAGGAGCUGGGCUCCACGUCCCGGGCUAGGGAAGGACUGAGAAACAUAGCCCUGGCCCCCCAGGGCAGCUCCAGCAGCAGCACCCCCAAGGCAGACGGCAUCCGGGAGCGGGUGAUCCGCGUGGAGGACAAGCCCGGGGAGACCCCCAAAAAGAGAGGCCCGAAGCCCAGGAAGGAGCUGUACAAGGACCUUGCGGAGACUCUGGACGCCUCCAAGAGGAAACUGGGGGAGCCGGGGGACAAGGUGGGGGACUACCUGAAGGCCAGGAAGAUGGAGGAGGCGGGGGCGGCCAAGUUCGGCUCGGGACACAGCGUGAUCCAGCUGGCCCGGCGGCAGGAGCCCGAGCUGCCCGGCGCCCUGGCCGGGCCCACCCGCGCCGAGCCGGGCCCCGAGGCCUUCCCCCCGCGCCUGGCCAAGCACCGCGCGGACUUUCUGGACGCCAAGGGGCAGGGGGGGCUGGACCCCGGCGGGCCCAAGCUGCUGCACGGCGCCGUGGGCCCGGGGAACGUGGGCGGCCUGUACCGCGACGGCGUGGGGGGCCCGGCCGGGCGGCCCUCGCUCAUCGCCAGGAUCCCCGUUGCCAGGAUCCUGGGGGACCCCGAGGAGGAGUCCUGGAGCCCCUCUCUCAACAACCUGGAGAAGGUGGUGGUAACUGACGUGACCUCUAACUUUUUGACCGUCACCAUCAAGGAGAGCAGCACGGACCAAGGAUUCUUUAAGGAGAAGCGAUGAGUUUGGUGGAGGUGGUGCUGGGGUUUUCUUCAGUCAGAUCCAGACAAAAGCUUGGUAGAGCUUGGUGGGCCUCUCUUUUUUUCUUUUUUU